UCAUCCGUGACUCUUUGGAAGAUCAUGUUUCUGGAGUUGGGGUCAGGUGCCCCCUGGGCUACUUUCCAUGUGGCAAUAUCACAAAGUGUUUGCCCCAACAGCUUCACUGUAACGGUGAGGAUGACUGUGGGAAUCGGGCCGAUGAAGACAACUGUGAGGACAACAAUGGAUGGUCUCUGCAAUUUGAUAAACAUUAUACAAAGGACAAAUACAAUAAGCUGAAAUCUCUGUAUGCGUUUCAGACAAAGACCCCUGAGUGCUUGGCUGGUGCUGUGCCAGCAGAGUGUAUCUGCCAAGGGUUGGAGAUCUUCUGCGAUGCUGCCAAAUUGCGUGCUGUCCCGCAAGUCCCUUCAAACAUAACCGUAAUGUCUCUUCAGAGGAAUCUGCUAAGGAAACUUUCUGCUGACAUUUUCAAGAAAUACCAAGACCUUAAAAAUCUGUAUCUUCAGAAUAAUAAAAUCAGAGCUGUAUCUGAACGUGCUUUCAAAGGUUUAUACAACUUGACCAAACUAUACCUGAGUAACAACAAAAUAAUCAGUUUGAAGCCUGGUGUCUUUGAAGAUCUCCACAAGCUAGAAUGGCUGAUAAUUGAAAAUAAUAAGAUAAAUCGUAUCUCUCCAUUAACAUUUUACGGACUCAAAUCACUUAUUCUCCUAGAGAUGAUGAAUAAUUCUCUUGCUCGUUUGCCUGAUAAACCUCUGUGCCAAUAUAUGCCAAGACUAAACUGGCUAGACCUUGAAGGCAACCAUAUCCAUCAUCUAAGAAAUGUCACUUUCGUCUCCUGCAACAGUCUAACUGUACUGGUGAUGAGACAAAAUAAAAUCAGCUCUUUAAACGAAAACAGCUUUUCUUCUCUCCAGAUGUUAGAUGAAUUAGAUCUGGCUAGCAACAAGAUUGAAUCUCUUCCUCCACAUAUAUUUAAGGAUCUAAAGGAGCUUUCACAACUGUAAGGAUUCUUUUUUAU